CGGCCCCACACACCUCAGUCUCCACACUCGGCGCUCUUCCGUGUUGUUAGGGAGCCCGAGUGCGUCCGUAGAGGAGAAGAGGGAAGGAUUGUCAAGCGCGUGAGCGGGGGGCGGGGCUUAGCGAGAGGAGGGCGGGGCCGCCGGCUGCGUAGAGCCGCUGAGGGCGAGGUGAAAAUGCAGGAAGCUGACCGAGUUGCAAAAAUACUCCGCUCUGUUCUCCAGUCACAUAAAAAUGGAAUUCCCUUUUCUCGUUUGCAAGGAGAAUAUAAAUCUUUCACUGGAGAGCUGAUUCCUUUCAGGCAGCUGGGACAUCCUUCUCUGGAAGGGUAUCUGAAAAGCAUCCCUGGAUUUGUUAAGUUGGAAGGCAGUAAAAGUAGUGAGGUGAUUUGCCAUGCUGUUGUGUGUCGAGAGACUGCAGGGAUUGCUCAACUAGUCGCCUGCCAGAGAACAUCCAAAAAGAAAACAGUCCGACAAGUGAAUUGUAGAAUGAGGCUGAAAAAUACUGCUUCACUUGCCUCAAUAGGCAAGCCAAAGGGCACAUUAAGGAAACCUGGGUUCAUGAACGCAUCCCUGGAAAACAGGAGGCCUUCGUUCCCACCACUGAGAAGUAAAGGAAACUAUGGAGCCAUUCGUCCUGGUUUGAGCACAUCACCAUAUCCUGUGUCUCCCGAAUUAGGGGUAUCUGCACCCAAGGAAGACAUAGCACAAGAACACGUGACUGUAAUGAACAGGCCUGAGAAAAGAUUAGUGGUUACACCAAAAUUUCAGAAAGAGCUUCAAGUUCAUCUGUCAAAAAAAUUGCCUGUGGACUUGAAUGAAAAUGUGAAAGAGACAAGACAGCCAACGCAUCCAACCCCUCCUUGUCCUUCGUAUGCUGAAAUAAAUGAAAUUCAGAAAAGAAUUAAAGAGAUCAUAAAUCAUUUCAGUAAUGGAAUAUUCCUGUCAAAGAUACCACACUUGUAUAAAGAAACAUACAAGGAAGACUUGAAUCCCGCUCUGAUCCCACAGUUGGAAUUUUGGCCUCAUGUUUGUGUGGCAGAAAAGAUAUGUUCUGGUAGCCACAAGGAUAUACUUCUUUACCCUGUUGGAAAAACAACUCGUUCAGAAAAGAGUGUUUCCAGCCCAGAAGGAAGACCUCAACCACCAGUGUUAAAGGAAACAGAAGAGACCAAAGCAAUUGUACUCCAGGGGGACUUCAAAGAACAGAUUGCCACCAUUUUGAUAAAGUAUUCCAGUGGUCUUUGGGCCAAAGCUCUCCCAAAGAUGUAUGAAGAUACAUACAAAACUACGUUGCCUCAAGAUUUCCUAAACAAUCUGGACUCACUCUCAGAUAUAUGUACAGUAGAUUACAUAUCUGGAGACCACACAAAGGCCAUCCUCUAUGCAAAGUCAAAAGAGCGAGUUGAUGAAAAUCUUAACGUUACUGGCAAAAUACCUGAAAGUUUACGGAGACCAGUUGAGCAGCAGCCCACGGAGGUGGUUCAGGAACCCCAAGAAGAGAAUAUAACUGUACCACCUUUAAUCAUCCCAGAAGAAACAUCGCCAUCUGUAUUGGUGGUGGAAUUGAACUCUACUGACGAAGUUGUUAUCAGAUAUGUGGGGAAAGACUAUUCUGCUGCUCAGGAGAUAAUGGAAGACAAGAUGAAAAAUUGGUACAGUCAAAAUGCCUCCACUUCACAGAGAAGGCUACCUGCAGUUGGUCAACUAGUUGCUGUGCCAGCGGAAGAAGAUGCUUGGCUGCGGGCACAGGUUGUUUCAAUACAAGGCAGUAGAAUAAAGGUAUACUACGUGGAUUAUGGUUUUAGUGAAAUCAUUGAAAAUACUAGAGUGUACAAACUUGCCAAGCAAUUCUAUUCACUGCCAUUCCAGGCCUCAAAGUGCAAACUAGCAGGGUUAGAAGCCUUUUGUGAUGAUGUAGCUUUGGUGAAGAUGGUGGAGUCUCAAACUUGUGGAAAGAUAUUUGCUGUUGAAAUACUUGAGAAGAGUGAUGUUCCUCUUUUCGUCCUAUACGAUACUUCUGGAGAGGAUGACGUCAAUAUCAAUGCUGCUUGCUUGAAGGCAUUAUGCGAUAAAUCUCUUGAGCUUCAUCUUCAGGUCGAUGCCCUCUAUACAAAUGUCCGAGUAACCAAUGUUUGUUCAGAUGGAACUUUAUACUGCCAAGUGCCAUCAAAGGGCCUGACCAAGCUCUCUGAGGUUUUGCAGAAAAUGGAAAACUAUUUUCACAAUAAGUGUGCAACGGAGUAUUCAGUGUCACUUCCUUUCUGUGGCAUGAUUUGUUUGCUUAAUUGCAAAGGAAAAUGGGCACGUGUGCAGAUAACAAGUGUCCAUAGUACCCGGGCUCUUGAUGUACAGUUUAUGGACACUGGAACAGUAGCAUCUGUAAAAGUGGUGGAGCUCAGGGAAGUUCCCUCAGCAUUUCUGCGUGAAGUCGUUGCAAUCCCACCUCAGGCAAUAAAAUGCUGUUUGGCUGACCUUCCCCUUAAUAUUAGCAUGUGGACCCCAGAUGCUGUACUUUGGCUAAGAGAUACUGUAUUAAACUGUUCAGACUGCAGUAUAAAGGUGGUUAAACUGGAUGAUAGAAUUGCACAUGUAUAUUUAUUUACACCGGCGAACUUCCCAGACCCAGACCGCAGUAUAAACAGGCAGAUCAUGAGUGCAGACUUGUGGAAGCAUCAGAAGGAUGUCUUCCUGAGUGUGAAACCAAGGAACUUCCCAGGCCAGGGGGAUGCAGACUUACCAAAGCUGCCGAGUUUGGAGAUCAGGAGCAGCGUCAUAGAUUCAGUCCCAAGUACACCAGAGACCAGCAGCGUUGGGACAGCCUUGACUAUGCCACCGCCUUUGCCACUGGCCCAACCCCAGGAGCAGAUGGAUGUUUUUGUUUCACUGGCUUGCCAUCCAGGUUACUUUGUCCUCCAACCCUGGCAAGAGAUGCACAAUUUGGAAGUAUUGGUGGAAGAGAUGCUUCUGCAUUAUAGUGCAUCAGAUGAGGGAGCGAUUUCUGUUGAAAAAAACAAACUCUAUGCUGCUAAAGUGAAAAAUAAGUGGCUUAGAGUGCUAAUAAAAGGAAUAUUGGCGAAUGGACUGGUGUCAGUAUAUGAGCUAGAUUAUGGGAAACAUGAGCUUGUCGGCAUGCAAAAUAUGAGACCUCUGUUGAACAUAUUCAGAAAAUUACCAUUUCAGGCUAUAACAGCCCAGCUUGCAGGCGUUGAAUGCCAGCAGUGGUCAGAGGAGGCCUCAAUAGUCUUCCGAAAUCACAUUGAGAAGAAACCUCUGGUGGCACAGGUGCAAGCGAUUAUUGAUGCACCUAAUUCAUGGGACCGAAAAGCUGUUGUUUAUUUAGUCGACACAUCACUACCUGAGACAGAUAUAUGGAUUCAUGAUAUUAUGACUCAGUAUUGUAUGGAGAUUUCCAAGACAAGUUAAUUGGUUUUUCAAAGUUCAGUAAGUUUAGCAAUAAGAAUACGAAUGUUAAUAUAGCUGUGACUAAAACUUUUGGUUUACAUCUGAUUUUGCACUGUUUAAUACUAGAAUGUUGUCUAUAAAAAUAAAUAUUUCUGUUAAUUUA